GAGAAAUGAUGACAUUUAAGUAGCAGGAAGCACCCUGGAAACUUUUGCUGAGUUAUUUGGAGAUUAAGUACAUGAAACUCUUGGAUUAGAAAUUUAAGAAGGACUGAUAUUCCAGUGGGAAAUCAUGGCAGCAACAGCAGCGGAGGGCCGCAUAAAGGAGGACCGUGUCCGGAGCCUCCAGAGCGACGUGGAAGGAGUGAAGACCAUCAUGUCUGAGAAUGUUGACCGGAUACUGGCUCGUGGUGAGAAACUGGAUGACCUCAUGAACAAGACUGAGGACCUGCAAGCAAGUUCAGAACACUUCAAGACCACGUCACAGAAAGUGGCACGGAAAUACUGGUGGAAGAACACAAAGAUGAUCAUCCUGCUAGUGGUCAUUGCUGUUAUUGUCCUGACCUUGAUCAUUCUUUUUGCCACAGGGGUAAUUCCCUCCUAACAACAGGAACGAUUGAAGUUUCUCAGCACACUGUUUCUUGGUGAUACAUAUGAUAAGUUCUGUGCCUUCUGUUACGAGUCUAUUCCAUGCUGUGGUGAUGUAGAUGUACUUUUGGUUUUGAUGUUGAUUUUGAUCUGUAUAUUUUCAGGAUAACUCCAGCUGUACACAAGCAUGCAAAAUCCUUUGUAAAAACUUACUAAUAUAAAAGUUGCAAUAAAAUAUCAGAAAGAAGACUGAAAGUACGGAAAAUAUGCUAAAUUAUGACACUUUUAGAUGUCCAUCAAUGUGGGGGAUCUUAGGGCUGGUAAAAAUAGUUCUUUGUCGUUUAGGCUCAAUGUAUCUGUAUUGAGCAUCCCAGGUUAGAUACAGCAUAGAUUAUAUAUGGAAUUAAGAUCAUAAGAUAUAGGAGCAGAAUCAGGCCAUUCAACCCAUCGAGUCUGCUCCACCAUUCAAUCAUAGCUGAUUUUUUCAACCCCAUUGUCCAGCCUUCUCCACAUAACCCUUAACCCCCUUAUCAAUCAAGAAUCUAUCAAUCUCUGCCCUAAAUGACUUGGCCUCCACAGCCCUCUGUGGCAACGAAUUCCACAGAUUCACCACCCUCUGGCUGAAGAAAUUCCUCCUCAUCUCAGUUCUAAAGGGACAUCCCUUUAUUCUGAGGUUGUGUCCUCGGAUCCUAGUCUCUCCUGCUAAUGGAAACAUCUUCUCCAUGUCCACUCUAUCCAGGCCCCUCUACACUGGCCCAUUAACCAUUCCAAGGCAGGGUACAGAAUUAAUUUGAUAUAGAAUAAAGUUUUCUUUCCUGUUUCAUCAAGCACUUCCACAUAAGAUAUAACAGAUGUUGUAUUUAGAUUAAAACUCUUUUAACACUUUUCUGUCAAAUGUUCCAAGACUCUUUGCAGUAUGAGCUGGAUAUAGAGUAGAUCUCACUCUACGCUGCUCUAAAAUGUGCCUCAUUCCGCUCCCAUGAGUGCAUCCCUAGAGCACUGAUAUAUCCCACAGCUGCUAACCUGUGCAUUCACUGAGCGCAUUGUCAGGUUAGUGUCAUUUUGCAAAUCUGGGACAACUUUGUGUUGCAAUUCCAAAGCCUGUAAGAAAUUGAGAUUGUCUGAGAGAACAAGAGAGAGUUUCACCUCACAACUCUUGGCUGGGUGUCAUUGCAGGUUCAAGGAGCAGUAUUCAAUAAAAACACUUCCCUUUGCCGUCACCCACUUUUAAUCGUGGUACACAUACUGCAAUAGGUCGCUAGUUCAUGUUCCUGAUACUUCAAAUGAAUCCACAACCCAUCGCUUAAGCACAAUCUGCAAAUGGCUGCUAACUACCACAGAAUGUUUCCAUUAUUCUAAAAGAGUGAAUGUGCCACAUUAACAGAUUUUUUACCCGAUGGUUAUCUCUGUAAAAUUACAAUAUUGUUUCUAAGUAUCAUUGUUUUUAUCAUUGAUUUCUAAAAACUCUCUCCCUGAUCUCAACGCAGUGUUGAGAAGUUUUUGAUCCCCUUUCUAUACAUAAGUUCCUUUACCUUGCGGGAUCGCUCGUCUGGUGUUAUCUGAAGGGAAGUUCUCCACACUCACAAUGAGAGCUGCUUCUCCCAGACUCCAGGGUGGAACUUUGAACUGAAUCAAAGAGAAAACAAAACUAGGAUACAAGCAAAGAGCAUGGGUUUAAUUGUCAUUACGUUGAUGGAACAACACAGUCCAGCUUACACUGUGCCUUGUGAAAACGAGAGAAAUGGGGCAAACUAGUUACUGCUGAAUCACACUGUUUAAUGUAAUGAAGAGGUGAGCAUACAUGUGUUUUAGUCAUUUGGAAGGUGAAGGUUGAAUUGGCUCGGCUUACUUCUGUGCACUAAAGCCUUAGUCAUCAGUUGAUCAGCUCUAGAAAAUUAGUGAAAAUGUGAACUUUACCUACUGGCUUUCUCUCCCUGUUUUCUCCCCACCAUUUCUGUAAGUGUACAGCUCUGCAGGAUCACAGCUAAUUAGCCAGUGAAUCUGAAUGAUAAAAUCCAGCUCGACAACACUGAGUGAGAUCAGAGCAAAGCCCGACCCUGUGAUCACAGCUGAAUGCCACUGGGUAGCAAGAACCCGAUUUAAUUUCCUCUCCCUUAUCCAACGCACUGAGACAGAUCAGUUACAGUGUCUGAUGCCUGACCCAGCUGAAAGAGCGACCUCAGCAGAGCCCAGGGAUCAAGCAUGGGAGCUUCUGAAAUGUAUCACGGCACAGAAACAGGCCCUUUGGCUCAACUCGUCCAUGCCGACCAAGAUGCCCAACUAUACUAAUCGCACUUGCCUGCAUUUGGCCCAUAUCCCUCCGAACCUUUCCUGUCCAAAUGUUUUUAAAACAUUGUAAUUGUACCUGCCUCAACUACUUCCUCCAGCAGCUUGUUCCAUACACCCAUCGCCCUCUGUGUGGAAAACUUGCCCCUCUGAUCCACUUUAAAUCUUUAUCCUCUCACCUUAAACAUACAGCCUCUUGUUUUAGAUUCCCAGAACCUGGGAAAAAGACUGUGACCAUUCACCCUAUCUAUGCCCCUCGUGGUUUUAUAAACCUCUAUAAGGUCACUUCUCAGCCUCCUUCACACCAGGGAAACCAGUCCCAGCCUGUCCAAUCUCUCCAUAUCACUCAAGCCCUCCAGUCCAGGCAACAUCCUUGUGAAUGUUUCCUGCACCCUCUCUAAUUUAAUCACACCCUUGUGUGGAGAGUAGAAUUGCACACUAAAAUCCAAGUGUGGUCUAACCAAUGUGUUAUACCACAGUAAAAUGACAUUCCAACUCCUGUACUCAGUGUCAUGGCCAAUGAAGGCAAGCAUGCCAUACACUUUCUUCACCACCCUGUUGACCUGUGUUGCCACUUUUGGGGAACUAUGUACUUGUACCCCUCCCUCUGUUCAACACUCCCCAGGCCCCUGCCAUUCACUCUGUAUAUCCUGGCCCGAUUUAACUUCUCAAAAUGCACACUUGCAUGAGUUAAAUUCCAUCUGCCAUUCCUUUGCCCACUUUUCUGCUAAAUGUGCUGCAGGGUCACUCUCUCUCCUGUGAGGUAACACUGGCAGUGAUCAACUAUCAGCCUAGCAGAACACUUCUCCUUUUACUGAAGCUGCAACUUCAACUUCUGUCCUAAAAGGAAACAAAGACGGUCUUCCUCAUUCACUCAGAGAAAGCAGUAAGAAUGUAAGUUCAGUGUGAACUAUUCUCAACUUGACUGAGCCUUGCAAGGCUCUGAGACACAGAUAAGUAACCACAGCACAGAAAGGGUGCAGAUGAUGUGGCUUGUUUGAAAGCCUGCAGUGUGUAAGUAAACUAGUUCUUCCUCUUCUGUGUUGUGCAAGUUCAAUAUUGUAACAGAUGCAUACCUUUUCUUUGUGAGACAGGCUUUUCAAAUAUUCGAGAAUGCGUAACAGUCCCUCACAAUAGCCAAACUGAUGAUCCCUUAACUGUGCAAUCAGGGGGAAGUAAAUGUUAAACAGUGUUUUUGUAAUAUUGUGCCUUAUUCUGUUUUAAUGUGCUAUGUUCUGUGAAUGAUUAAAGUCUUCUUUCCUGAAUGAGCAAUGGA